CCUGAUAAAGUUUGAAAAUAUAGUACAACAUGUUUUGUUGACUGUUUGAACAUUUGUCCUGCCCCUGCUCCCCUGCCAUAUAUUUGCUGAUGUGGCAUGGGGUAUUCAGAAACUAUGUUCCCAGAAUGUAAUCUACCGACUAAGCAAAUUCAACCCGUCAGUCGUCUCGUCCCUGGUUUGUAAAACUAAAUUUAUAGAUAGGCAUGUCACUGAGUAUGUCACAUGACUAACCAGCCUCGCUCAGACAGCGCCAGGUAAAGGGCCUCGUGUCACACCGCGCACAUAAGCGUCCGGAGAGACUGAUAAGGUUGACAAGCGCUUGAUUAUAAAGCCAGGUAUCCUGUCCCCAACAACACUAGCAACGAUAGUCUUCAGCAGAGAUCUUAUGGUUGACUAGAAGCUAAAAGAUUCAACUCCUUGCUGCACUUGAAAAAAACUGCAUCAAUAGCACGAAAAACGUUGACACAAGCUGUGGAAGUACCUGUGGGAAGAUGCACUUGCACCGGCCAAAGCAGCCUGUCUGUGUGGCCAUUGGAUGUAGUGGGGUGGCCUUGGUGUUCCAACUCGUGGCUGUUGCCGGAACCGGGUGGCUGAUGUUCAAGGGUGACUAUUUACUUGAGCAAGGACUAUUUCGUGCUUGUGCCAGGUCUCAGAACAUUUGUUCUGCAUAUGACUAUGUUAAAAACUGGGCUAAAGCUUGUCAGGCCUUCUCCAUUCUGGCACUGGGGACUACUUUCUGCAGUUGUGUUCUCGGAAUUCUGCACAUUCUUAGAGAAGAGACACAGGCACUGACACGUCUUGCUGCUGGUGUGAACGCGAUCGCAGCCGUUUACAUUGCAGUGGAAGUGGGUGUGUUCGCUGGUGAGACAAUGGACUUGGUAACUAAUACUACGUUUACAGUUUCAUACGGGUACGGUUUCUACCUGUCGAUCGUGGCUGGUGUGUUAAGUGUCGCCGCCGCCCUGUUUUACAUCGUCGGAAGAGCCCCAGUCCGUCAGUGAGUUAACGACUCACUCCAUGGUAUCAGAUGCUCGCUGAAAACUGUCAUCGAAGUUUGUUUUUUGUGUUGAUAAACAUUGCUUGAUGUUCCUCCCCCACUUCAACUCCAUGUUUUCUUACUACAAGAAUUAAUGACGAUAAUAAUUUGUAAAAUAUCUAUAGAUGUGACGUUUUAUGUGUACAUGAGUGGAAAGAACAAAAUCCAUAUACCACAAUUUAAAAAUAUACACAAUGGCUGCACACAGCUGUAAUCAAGUCAAGCAAAACAGCAGCAAUGGUUACGAUCAUAUCAAUGGUUAAUGUAGUGGACAAAGUAAUAAACAGUACUGAAACACAGAUGUCAUGCGUAAAGAGUUCGUGGAGACGAAAUUUGAACCCGUGACCUUUUAAGCAGGCAACAAGCUAACUGUGUAAACUCUACACACCCUCUCUGUCAGCCUCGUUCCGUCCAACCUCAUCAUGAUUCAUACCUUAUAACUUCGAGACUUACAGUAAGCUCAACAUUCAAUCUUGACAUAAAUACACAAUUCGCACUGUCAAAGCAAGAAAGUUACUCCCACUCCCACUGGCAUCUCUUACUGUCCAACGGUCUAGAAAUAUUCCACUGUGUUUCUAUAGAAACGCCAGUCAUCGAUGGCCUUCCUCACAGUUUUGAACUAUAUUCUUUCUGGUCAUAGAAAAUUCACUCCGUGUAAGACAAGUAACACAAACUUUUUGCUCAGACUCCGAGAGUUCUCCCUCGCUGAGGAGUGUCUCCGCUGGUCACGUGAUUCUCUGUUCUUCCUAUGUUUGGCGCUUUGACUUAUACAUUCUCACAUUCAUUGUUCCCAUACAUCUAGCCAUUGUGUAGCAAAACAUAGUCCAGGACAAAAAUAAAACAGAAAAGUACAUAAAAAAUAAAAUUAUAAUCUCGAAACAUAACAAACUGUGGACAUUUGUAAGAUAUUUCCGUUUAUGUCCAGUGACAGGCACGUGAUACAGGGAGGUAAGCAAGAUUUACUCCUUUCCAUGUGCAUUGUCGGUGUGACCUCCCUUAGUAUGUGUUGAUAAACAUUGCUUGAUGUUCUCCCCCACCCUAUGUUUUGUUACUAAAACAAUAAAUGCCGACAAUAGUUUGGGAAAUAUCUACA